UCCAGUGGGAAAGGCUUAACGGACUACAUGCAUGCAUGGAAGCAGGCAGGUAGGCAGCAAUGAACCCGGCUCAUUAAAAUCUCGUCCGCAGAACCCUCCGCCAGACGCGCGCAUUACUACUACAGCCCCUCGCGGUGCUGCUGCUGCCGGUCGACGGACCCCUAAAGUGCAGAGGGACACACGCGCGCGCCAAAAGGUGUGGAGGAGCUAUAGGCGACCCGCUCGGUACAAUGGAACCGAACCAGAGCUGCUGAACGGUUCAGACACACAGAAGCUGCAAAGGAGGAUAACGGGGAUAUGGAGAAAACCGGCAAGAUCUGAACUUUUGGAGGAUCCGCUGUGAGGAUUAUCGUAUACAGCCCAACAAUCUGACUGAUACACUGAGGAACAGGAUCACACAGUUUGCAUCAUCGUGUCAAAGGGAGAGCUUACACUAUGGCGUGCGCUGACAGACGUUUGGGGACCUGGCAGGUGCUGCUGACCAUCUCACUGGUCAUCGUCCCCCUCAAUGCUCACGGGAGGCAUUCCCUCGGCAGGCAUCGUCAUCACCACAACCGAUCAUCCGUCAACAAGGAGGCCUUGAACGCCAGGUUGGUUCUCAGUGACGACUCAGCAGAAAGAGAUCACCUGAUUGGAGCAGGGCUCACGCUGGGGGCAACGCUCCCACUCAGCUCCACCAAACGUCACCAUUCUCAGAAACACACCUACUUAGACUUCAUAGAGGAGGAUGCACCAGGAGGGGAGGAGCUCACUGCUGGAGGAGGGGGUCCAGACCAACCAGGGAACCCUAUGGCAGAUGACGUCAUCACAGUGGAGUUUCAUAGCCCUGCCCCGGAUGUUGUACCUUCUGAUGGUGCUCUCGAUUGGGCUAAAGUCCCUAAACCUCAGAAGCAAAAAAGUGGAGACCCCACUGCAUGGACGCUCUCUGAUUUUUACGACUACCUUUCCCCGGAUGACGACCUCUCUGCAUUAGAUGCAACCCCAGAACCUGAGCCCACGCCAUCACCCCCGGCUGACAUGGAGGAUGAGAACCCGCUCCUGGCUGGUGCUCCAGCUGUUCCAGAAAAUGUGAAACCUAACAACAUUCCGAAGGUAGAAAGCAAGCCAUCCCUACCGGCUGCUCCCAGGCCAGUGCCAGACAACAGUGAUAGGUUAGGCUUUGGUGGUCCCAUGGGAGCUGACGGCUGCAGACUGGGCUUUGUGCGCUCGGGUCCUGGUGUGUGUGUGUCUCAGUGUGAUCUUGAACCAAAUUUCUGCUUCAAUGGAGGAGUGUGCACUGUGGUAGCAGGAAUGGGAGCCUUCUGCAGGUGCAACGUGCAGGACUACAUCUGGAACAAAGGCACCCGCUGCGACUGGAUGGUGACAGAGUUCCAGGUGUUGUGUGUAGUGGUGGGCGUGUCCUCUGGGAUGCUCAUCCUCCUCUUCAUGAUCAUUGUAUUUUUUGCCAAGAGGCUGCACCGCCUCAAGAACGAGAACAAGCGCCUUCGCAAACGCAGUAAGUUCCGCCCACAGAGCAGUGAGCCACAGACGGACGGCCUCUCUGUUUCCACAACAGCUGACGGCUCACAACCAAACGUAAGGAAACUGUGCGACACCCCUCCGCCCGCUCCUCAAGCUCACACACACAACCUGGCGUACUAUGACAACAUUAUCUGUCAGGAUGAGCCACAGAAGCAAGAGGACCCCGCAAAGUCCCCACAAGCCAAGGAAGAAGGCUCCAUGAACAUCCUCAACUCACACUCCCCCAAACAUGAGAACAACCGUCCCACCUCUGUCGCCCACACUCCUAACAACACAGAGGAAAACGCUGAGGAUGGAGUUACUAUCGGCCUGGAAGUGCUCCUCCCGAAAGAUGCCAAGCUCCACAAAGAGACCAAGGGACCUCUUCAGUAUGACGUCUUCCUCUACAAGGUUGGAGCCAACAAUGGAGACCCUGCUGACUCCUACUCCCCCCAUCACAUGCCUAGAUCACCUAAACCACCCAAAUCACCUAAAACACCUACCACACCCAAGUCAGCAAAGGUGUCUGAAUCCCCCAGACACACCCAGGAACUACCGCACAGCCCCCGUGAAGCCUUGUCUGGGAGGCAUUCUUCACCUUGCUGCCAUCCCUCACCCAGUCGCAAGCCAUCAUCCAGUCCUGGAUAUUAUUUCUCCCCCACCUGCCCCCCUGCCUCCCACCACUCCCCCUCACAAUUUAAUAGAAUCCCCACCUCCUCCUCCUCGCCUCAGUUACGCAGGCCCAGAGGUCGGUCAGAGGGUCCCGGCACAGAGCACGAGGAGAUCACCCACAUUCGUCCAUCCCCCUCUUCUCCUCACCUCACCCAGCCUCCUCCAUCACCAUCUAGGGUGAAGUACAGUCCGGCCAGCACCCAUUCGCUUCCACCACUCUCCUGACCAGGGUCUACACCCAAGCACGCAUCCUCACAAACGCACAAACAUCUGUCAUAAUCUAAUCAAUCCAUUGAUCAUGGAUCUAACUGUUGUCUUAGUGACUCACAAAUCAUUUAUCCAUCCAUCCUUCCAUCCUUUACAUUUAUGCAUUCAUGACGAGCAUCACAACUUGUCUCGAUCCAUGGAGCCAGAACAGUGCAUCUGGGGUACUUUUGAACCACAACUUCUCAAACUCAGACAAAGACACACCAAAAUGUGCACAUAAAACAUGUAAAUAACAACUUCUCAAUACUCAGGUUUCAGCUCAUACAAGCACAAAAAGAACACGCUCUCCUAGCACAGUGCCAAUGUCAGCAACUGCUGAGAAUAUAGUUCAGAAAGGUUUUAUAGAAGUUUACCACAUUAGCCUUAGUGUUAUCAACGGUUUAUAUACAUCUUUUGCUAUUAUGUGUGUACGAUUAUUUCACAGGCUUU